ACUCCUUCCAUGUCAGCGUCUAGUCGUGGUUUCUUUUUUCAACUUACCUGUGCUAAUUUGUACCAUCUAUCAAACGAAAAACAUUUUGCUGAUUCUAAUAUCCCACUCUUUUCUCCAUCUCUCGCAUUAUCUAUCUUAUAUCUAAUCUACUAUGUUGGAUUUUGGAGACGAGCUGACGUUAGAUGGUUUCAGGAUCCCAUGGCUCAUAUGGAUUCAACUUUUAGUGUUCCUUCUUCUCCUUGCCCUUCUCUUUUGCCUCUCCGUCAUUGCUCUAGAUCCCUCUCACCACACCACGUCUCCUUCAGCCUCUGCCACUGCCACUGAUUCUGAUCUUCACACUCAACAACCCUCCAACCACCAUUCCACUGCUGUGACCAACCGUCUUCAGAGCACCCGGGGGGUAGAGAACACAAGUACUAAAGGUGAGAUAGCAACGAGCGCAAGCACAGGAAUUGUGAGAGAAGAGUUUGCAGAGGGGGAGGCUUCAACUUCUUCAUUGUAUUUCCUUCACCCUUGCUAUUAUUUCAACUUAGCCAAAGAAGCAUUCCUCAAAUGUCUUGGCCUUGAUAAUGAUGUUCCUUCAACCCAAAACAAUAGGAAAACAAAAGAAAGCUAGCUGAUUAUGAAAAUCAUGUUCUCAUUUAUUUAUUUAUGAAAUGUUUCUCAUCAUUUUGAACUACUUUUAUCGGUCCUGCUUAAUGUCUCCACCAAUUGGAGUUACCAGAAGUAAGUUUCCCUUUUA